UUGAAUUGCUGUUGAGCGCCCCUCCUCGCUUAUCUUCACCUUCAGCAAGGUCAGCACACCUAAUCACGCAAAUCCCGCGCAGCCCUCUCACGCAUACCCAGACGCCAAAAAGCAACUCGGGACUCGACCAGCCUAGCCAGCAUCCACAGCAAGACGCCACCACUCGCACGUUGCCGGCUGUAGGCAAGCUUCGGGGUCUAACCGCGCUUAUGUGGGGAUCAACAUGCGUGAACCAGCCAGCAUUUUUUGCUUGUAGUCCAGUUGCAGAUGGUGCGCCGGGUACAUAAAAGUGGCGAGCCCCGCGAUGCGCAUGGCUUGUUACGUCUUCACCUUCUUCUCACCUACCUUCAGGAAGCGUAGGACCGUGAGCGACUUCAGGGGGUUUGCGCUCACGCUGCAACCGAAAAGCUCCACUCCCCACACUCAGCAUUGCGACUCGCGCCAUCUGCUGCAACAAUCACGAAAGAGUAGAAAUGGCCCAGCCACAUCCUCACUCCGCCGAUGGCUUCUUCGGCAAGGGCGGAGACAUCCACACUGGACAUUUGGUUACCCAGACAGUUCGCCCCAAAGGCGAAGAGUUCACUGGCAGCUCUGAAAACGAGCGCACGGGCACACCUCUGCACGCCGUGAAAACUGGCAACGAAGUCCUCGAGAGAGAUACUCAGAGCAAGGGUCGCUGGUUUCAGUACCUCAAAACUAAGCAGUUCUGGCUGACUCUGCUCAUCGGACAAGUCCUUGCCAUCUGCAUCACCAGCACAAACACACUCUCCUCCCUUCUUGCCAGUGAGGGCACCUCGAUCCCCGCCUUCCAAUCCUUCUUCAACUACGUACUCCUUAACUUGAUCUACACCACCUACACCAUUUACAAGUACGGCUUCAAGAAGUGGGGACGUCUGGUCAUCUUCGACGGCUGGCGCUUCUUCAUCCUGGCUUUCUUCGACGUCGAGGGAAACUACUUCGUUGUGCUCGCCUACCGCUACACCACCAUUCUCUCCGCUCAGCUCAUCAACUUCUGGGCAAUCGUCAUCGUUGUUGUGAUCUCGUUCUUCUUCCUGAAGGUCAGGUACCACUACACCCAGAUCGCUGGUAUCUUGCUGUGCAUCGGUGGUCUGGGUGUGAUCUUUGGCUCUGAUCAGAUCACGGGCAGCAACAGCUUCGGUGCUUCUGAUGAGGUUAAGGGGGAUUUGUUUGCGCUGCUGGGUGCGACGUUUUACGGUCUUAGCAAUGUCUUUGAGGAAUAUCUCGUCAGUGAGAAACCGCUGUACGAGGUCGUUGGCCAGCUGGCGUUCUGGGGCAUGUUCAUCAAUGGUACUCAGGCUGGUAUCUUUGAUCGCACAUCUUUCCGCAACGCUACCUGGAACAGCAAGGUUGGAGGCUACCUUACGGGAUACACCUUCAUCCUUACGUUGUUCUACUCGUUGGCGCCAGUGCUGUUCCGUCUGUCUUCGGCUGCUUUCUUCAACAUUUCGUUAUUGACGGGUAGCUUCUGGGGUGUCGCGAUUGGUGUGAAGGUCUUAGGGCUGAGCAUCCACUGGAUGUACCCAAUCGCGUUCGUUCUGAUCAUAUUGGGCCAGGUGUUGUAUUUCAUCAGACAGACGACCUUGUCUGAGGCGCUGAAGCCGUGGUUGGGCGCAGACCAAUCAAAGGGAGUUGCUGGUGUGGGUACGGCAAGGAGGAGGGUCGAGAAUCCCGAGGCGAUUGUGUGAGGUAUAGGUGCAAGUUGCCCGACUAUUAAGGCUUCAUUGGUAUAAUAGAGACUCUAUGAACUAUUUUAUAGUAUUGCAGUACAUUACAC